AUGGCUAGAGGUAAUCAAAGAGAUUUAGCUAGAGCUAAAAACUUAAAAAAACAACAAGAAGCUGGUAAAGGCAGCAAGAAACAAGGUGACCCAAAGAAAAGAAUGGAAUCUGAUGCUGAUAUUUUAAGACAAAAACAAGCUGCAGCCGAUGCAAGAAAAGCUGCAGAACAAUUAGAAAAAUUAAAAGAAGCUAAAGCUAGACGAUAA